CUAUGCGCUUAUGCUGAGAAGUGGCGCAGUGCACAGCCGCCGUGGCUCAAUUCACGUGAUCCCCAACACGCUUCUUCGUCAUCGCCAACACGCGUCUCGACUCGCUGCUGACUCCACCGCUCUUCCUCUGUCUCCCGGUGCCCGUCCGAAAAGCGCACUUUUGUCUUGAUUUCCCGCUCUGCUCGCGCUCGGCCUCUUCAUGUCUUUCUAGGCUGACUCUACCUACACACACCUUCACUACACUCUCCUCACCGCCCGCAAUGCCUCCGCUGGGCGCCGGCAAGUCCGCGCCUCUGCUCAUCCAGCAGCUGCAGUACUAUCUCCCCACGUCCGGCUCGCUGACCCUGCCGACUCCACAAUUCCCCGCCACCGACGCGGUAGCUGCUUCUUCAUCCGCAUCCGCCACCGCGCCCGUUGUUGUCUAUCGAUCGAUCCACGAGCUGCACGACCACGCGCCGCAGGACAAGGCCGUCGAGGUCGCCUUCUCGGCCCACGUCCACAGGUUCAUAUCCGACGUCGUCAAGACUUCGUACGCGGCAGCGGUUAAGGCUCCCUCUGCUGAUCCGACCCCAGAGACAACUUCUUCUUUGUCUGCUACUCCUGCUGUCGAUCAACCCAUCUCAGGCGACCAGCUGGCCGCUCCAUCUGAACCAUCGCAUCAACCCGAACCUCCAGCAGAGUCAGAACUGCCGACCCUCCGACUGGUCUGCUCGAUCUGCCGCUACCACUUCACAAUCACCCUAGAUCCCCUCCACCAUCACCACCACGCAUCUGCAUCCACCACCGCAUCUUCAUCUUCACCCGCAGACUGCGGCACCGCCCCCGAAAAGCUACAUCACUUCAUACCCGUCUCGCAUCAAAACCUGACGCGUCCGUUUGAUCCCGACCUCGACGACGACGACGAGCCGAAUGCGAGCGAUGAUCCGACCAGCACUGCUGCGCAGCGUGAGAUCACAGAGUCGGAGGAGUUUAAACUCUCGUGCUAUAUUUGCUCGACUGUCGUCUCUGUCGUCGUGCGUCGGCCGCAUAUCUCGAGACGGAUCGCGGAUACGUUCACGGCUGACAGUAUCAAAUCUCGCAUCGAAACCUUUGAUGCCGCUCGUCGCGCAAGAAUCUCUCCUCAGCAGGAUCAGGUAGCAGCAGAUGAACAGCAGCCGCAGGAGCUUCCCCCCAUCUCCAUCCCGACACCCAACAGCGCGUACAACACAUUCUAUAAAAUCCUAGGCGACCCGCUCACCACACCCUCCGGCAAGGCGCCGCAUAGCAUCCGUAUCGACAAUCAGACUCUCAACACAAAACUGCAUCCCGAGAUCAUCCGUCGAUUCGGGUUUAUCAAAAACGAAGAGUCGGGGCUGUGGCAGCCGCCGUUGGUUAACGAAAAUACCCGGGUCUCGAAGCAAUUGAAACGGCUCUUGCAAGAGGCAAGAAUGGAGAUUGCGAUCAUUGUCAGAGCACUUUCAAACGAUACCGAGAAUCCAUACAACAUCUCAACCGACCUUGAACUUCCUGCCUUGAGAUCAUUUUUGAGAUGCAGCAGUUACCCAAAAUACGCUCGGACGGUUGCAUACGUCGAACCAACAAGUCCAGUGUCUCUACGAUUCGCGAGUCUAGGCGCGACACCCGACUUUAGCGACUCGCUACUUCUACAAACCUUUGACCGGCAAAACGAUUGCGAUCCGCUAAACUCUGCAUACUAUCUAGAAUGUCUGCAACAGCUCUCGACCACGCGGGCCUCGGAAGAGCUCCAGAUCCGCGUGGUCGAGCUACAAUCUCUGGGCGCGCUAACUCGGGGUGACGUUCGUGACGCGUACCGCGAUCUCGGGAUCGAUGAUCCAGAGGCGUUCAACGACGAUUCUCUAAUUCUAGGGAUCUUCAAGGCGCGACUACAGGACGCGCCUUCGACCGGCACGAAGCUAAAGGCCGCGCUGCAGAUUGUCGCCAACCACCGCAACAGCGAACUCCUACGCGCAUAUCUCCAAGCCGAGAGCAUGGACGAGGCACAGAGCUACAAAGUCCUCGCGGUCGAAAAGGAGACGGACGAUGAGCUGAUCAUUUCGUCGUACGAGGUCAAUCUUCGUGAGGUGCCGGAGAAACGCGACGUGCUCAACAGCGCGCUACUGGUACUGGCCAAGAAGCGACAAAGUCCAAAGCUGCUGUCGUUUGCGGAGCUGAAUAAUCUGACGGGACCGGUGCCGGAUGUGGAGGCUGCGUUUGCGGUGCUGGGGGUGCAGAGCGCGAUGGAGGAUAGUCAUCUGUUGACUGUGUUUGACAUUCGGGUGUCUGAUAACCCGGAUGAGAUACUGACGAUGAGAAAUGCGAUGCGAGCGAUUAUGAUUGCCAGGAAGAGUGAGAUUCUCCGGACGUUUCUCGAGUCUGGGACAAUUGACUUGAAUGCUGCGUCGGUAGGAUCGGAAACCGAGCCGGUUGGACUUCGCAACAUUGGCAACACAUGCUACCUCAACUCGCUUCUGCAGUUCUACUUCACAAUCAAACCCCUUCGCGAGCUGCUGAUCAACAACACAGACGACAGCAACACAAACUCGACCGCCGCACUCGAGCAAGAUAUGGAGAGCGCGCUUGCGCGGGGCGAGAAACGCAUCGGCGGACGGAUCGUGACUGAGUGGGAGAUCCGGCGCGCGCUCGACUUUGUGCGUGAGCUGGGGGGUCUUUUUGAGUCGAUGAUUUGCUCGUCUGAGGGCGCGGUUGCGCCGAAUCAGGAGCUGGCGUACUUGGCGCUUGUGAGCUCGAUUGAGGCAUGGGAGGAUUGGCAGAAGAUCCAGCAGCAGCAGCAGGUGGUGAAGGCAGAUCAGGUUAUGACGGACGCGGAAGAGGAAGGGGUGGUGCAAGGUCCUGCUACUGCGGAGGAAUCUGAAAGUGCAGAGACUGAGAUUGCGUCGUUGAAGGAGGACGUUAAGGAGGAUGUUGUGAUGGAGGACAAGGAGAACUUGUCGCCUAUCGGCAAGACCGAGGAGGUGGUAAAGAUUAGCCAGCUGAGUCCGGAACGACAGGUGCUGGGUGUGCUGCCUGAUGGAGUUACGAAUUCUACUGGGAACAGUACUGCCAGUAUUGUGAUUGAGGAUGACGCUGUGGAGGCUACUAAAGAGACCGAGGAAAGCAAGGAAAUAGAAGAGAGCAAAGAGAUAGCAGAGCCGCCACCUCUUCCCAAACGCACGUCGACGACGACGACGAUUCCACCGUCGGUUCCUCCUCGGAAUGACUCGAAUAUGAUGUUUGGCAGCCAGCAAGACGUGACGGAGUGCAUCGACAACGUUUUAUUCCAGAUCGAGGCCGCGCUGAAGCCCGAGCGGGUUGAUAGCGACGGCGAGCAGAUCGAUCUGGUCAAAGAUUUGUUUUACGGCAAGACGCAGCAGACUCUUGAGGUUCGCGACGGAAGCAGCAGCAGCAGUGUGCGGACGAAAGAAGAGCGGUUUUCGCACUUGAUUGUGGACGUCGCGGCGGGACCGCGGGAUAUCUACGAGGCGCUGGACGCGUGCUUUGAUGUCGAGACGGUUGAUCUGGACGGCAAGCCUGCGAGGCGGUACGUGACGGUGCUGGAGUUGCCGCCGAUUCUGCAGAUCCAGAUCCAGAGAGUGCAGUAUGACCGGGGAUUAGGGCGGGUGUUUAAGAGCAAUGCGCCGAUUAUCUUUGGCGAGACGGUGUACAUGGACCGGUAUAUGGACGACGGGGAGGUGCAGAAGCGGCGGGAGCAGAUGUGGGCGUGGAAGGAGCAGGUGGCGGAGUUGGAGAAGAAGCGCGCGAAGAUGCAGGCUGUUCUUGAUACGGUGAAUCAGCUGAGUGGAGAGCAGACUUUGCGGGCGGCGCGGUCGUGGUUAAGGCGGGUGCAGGAGGCGACGGCGGGGUUGGAGGAGGUGAUGGAGGAGGAGCAGCGACAGGAAGCGGACUUGCUUGGGGAUGAAGAUAAGGAGGAAAGUAAGAGCCGCGAGGAGGAAGUGCUGCUGGCGGAGGUUGUGGAGGAGCUCGAGGCGGAGAUGGCAGAGGUCGCGAGCGCGGGGCCGCAGGUGGAUGCGGAGAUCGAGGCGCUGAACAAGAAGAUUCAGGCGCAGUUCUCUGAUCUGAAGCAGCUCGGGUAUAGAGUGCACUCUGUGUUUAUUCACCGGGGCCAGGCGACGUUCGGACACUACUGGAUCUACAUCUACGACUAUGAGAACGGGGUGUUUAGGAAGUACAACGACGAGCAUGUGACGGUAGUGAGCGCGGAGGAGGUGAUGCCGUUUGCGGAGAGCGCGAGUGUGGGGAGCGGGGAUUAUGAUGUGACUGCGGGGACGCCGUACUUUUUAGUGUUUGUGCGGGAGGACAUGACGGAGCAGUUGGUGGAGGCGGUGAGAAGGCGGAUUAGGGAGAGGGAGGAGGACCAGGACCUGAUUGAGCUGUGAGGCCCCAAAGCAGCGAAAAGUAAACAGGAGUUUAAUUGAACCCGAACCCUAAUUUCAAGCGCAGAAAAAAGGUUUUUUGGUUUUGAGCGCAGCAGCUUUUGGAGUCUGCCGCACAACACCGC